CAAAUGUCCCUCUACAGGUACAGCAAAACGCGAGACAGCUGGGCCACGUUGACAGCGCUGUAAUUUCAGGUGUUUUCCUUUAAGUUGUUUAUGUAAUAGACCAGUCGGUCAGCUAAGGGACUCUUCAGCUUAUUCGUAGAAUGAGUGUGGGCUUCAUAGGAGCAGGCCAGCUGGCCCACGCUCUGGUGAGAGGCUUCACAGCUGCAGGCGUGAUUGCCACCCACAGAAUCACAGCCAGCUCCCCAGACACAGAUCUCCCCACUGUACAGGGACUGCGGAAAUUGGGGGUCAAUUUCACCACCAGCAACAAAGAGACAGUGGACAAAAGUGAUGUUCUCUUCCUGGCUGUGAAGCCACACAUCAUCCCUUUUGUACUGGAUGAGAUUGGACCAAAUAUCGAAGAUCGUCACCUCAUUGUGUCCUGUGCUGCAGGCGUCACCAUCAGCUCUAUAGAGAAGAAGCUGCACCAGUAUCGCACUGCUCCAAAGGUAAUGCGUUGCAUGACCAACACUCCAGUGGUGGUGCGUGAGGGGGCCACUGUGUACGCCACAGGCACCCAUGCAGAAGUGGAGGACGGAAAGCUACUGGAGCAGCUGAUGGCCAGUGUAGGAUACUGCACUGAGGUGGAAGAGGACCUGAUUGAUGCUGUCACCGGCCUCAGCGGCAGCGGCCCGGCUUACGCGUUUACAGCUGUAGAUGCUCUCGCUGAUGGUGGAGUAAAAAUGGGCCUGCCCAGGAGACUGGCUGUACGCCUCGGAGCCCAGGCCCUGCUGGGGGCUGCUCGAAUGCUGCUAGACUCAGAACAACACCCCGGGCAGCUCAAGGACAAUGUGUGUUCACCAGGGGGUGCCACCAUCCACGCCCUGCACGUCAUGGAGAGCGGCGGCUUUCGCAGCCUCCUGAUCAACGCCGUGGAGGCCUCCUGUGUUAGGACUAGGGAACUUCAAUUUUUGGCCGACCAAGAGAAAAUCUCCCCAGCUGCCAUAAAGAAGACAACUCUGGACCAAGUGUUGCAGCAGCCAGGAGUGACUGCAGAGGCUGUUGGAGUCAAACCUCGUGGGAUCAGUAUGUUCAGCAGCCCAAGGACUAAAAAGAAGUGAUCAUUUUUAUUUUUGUAACUCUUGCAAACAGCACAUUUUAACGAUAACCUGUCCCAUUAGUGAAGAUGCAGUACAUGCUGUAAAUAAACCACUACUUGCGGAUCGGUGUUGAAACAUAAGCUAAUCUAGUGGGUUACUUUCUCGGGGGGAAAAAAACAAACGAGUUGUGAUGAUACUGUGUAAACUGUGAGCAAUAUUUGUUUUUGUAAUAAAAUGGAAUUCUUUGUGAGAA